AUGAACGAAGAAGACGCCAUCCAGAACAUCCUCAAGAAGAUUGAGCGCGAAAAGGCGCUGCUUAAUGCCGCCAAUGCUAUGCGUGCGCAGACAAACAACGAGGCCGUCCGAUCUCGACUCGACUCGCAGAUGCGCGAUGGCCGACGAAACCUGCAGUUCUUCGAGGAGAAGCUCCGCGAGGCUCAGAUGCGUCGCGGUAUGGACGGCAUGUCCCUCGGAUCUCCCUCCGACAGACCUCUCAGCGGCGAUGUCGAGGACGCGCCCCCUCCCCCGCCAAAGGAUGCCUCUGGGCAGUGGGCAGACCGUAGCGGCUACGGCCAAGGCAACGCAGUUUCUGGCGGCAACGUCCAGUUCAGCCAAAUCGGCGGCCACUCCGACCUGAUGCCUCCCCGCCAUCCUUACGCCCCUCCCGGCCCGUCGUCUUCUAUCCCGAAGCCGCGUCCUAACUUUACAAAGCUCGACCUCAUCAAAUAUGAUACCCCCUACCUCGGCCCCCGUAUUCAGCUCAUGCUGUCCCAGAUCCAGUUCAAGCUUAAUGUGGAGGAGCAGUACCUCAAGGGCGUUGAAAAGAUGGUUCAGCUGUACGGAAUGGAGGGCGACCGCAAAAGCAGAGCGGAUGCGGCCGCUCGCAGGGUCGAGAGCAAGCAGAAGAUUCUCUUGCUUAAGCAGGCCAUGAAACGUUACGAGGAACUUCACAUUGACAUGGACACUGCUGAUAGUCCCGACGAUGACUCCAUCAAUAUGCCUAACCUUCGAAAGCCCCUCAGUGGCCAGCUCACCAUCCGCGUCGGACAGAUCAAAGACGUCGACCACGCUAGUAUGAGCCGCUUCUCUCGCGGUCCGGAGACUUUUAUUGCCGUCAAGGUUGAGGACAACGUCGUUGCGCGCACGAGAGUCACCAGAACAGACAAGUGGGAGGCCGAGUACCACACGAUUGACGUAGACAAGGCCAACGAGAUCGAACUUACCGUCUACGACAAGCCCGCCGAGCAUGCUAUUCCCAUUGGCAUGCUUUGGGUACGAAUUUCCGAUAUCGUAGAGGAAAUGAGAAGGAAGAAGAUCGAGGCCGAGAUUACCAACUCUGGAUGGGUUUCUGCCGAUAGAAUGGGAGCGCCGCCGCCUCAGUUCCCCAUGAACCCCGGUCAGUCGCAGCAGUCGUUUGGAGCCGGCGCACCUCCACCAUCGCCGGGUGCCCCGCAAGGAGGAGCCGCCCCUGGUCCGAUGCCCAUGCAGGCGAUCCCCCAACAGCCCAUCGACGGCUGGUUCAACCUCGAGCCGGCCGGCCAGAUUCAACUCUCCCUGGGCUUCCUCAAGCAGAACAAGGACCGCCGCCCCCUCGACCUGCAGGGAUUGGGCAGAAAGGGUGCCGUUCGUCAGCGCAAGGAGGAGGUGCACGAGAUGUACGGUCACAAGUUCGUCCAGCACCAGUUCUACAACAUCAUGCGCUGCGCCCUUUGCGGAGACUUCCUCAAGUACUCGGCUGGCAUGCAGUGCGAGGACUGCAAGUACACUUGCCACACCAAGUGCUACAGCAGCGUCGUUACCAAGUGCAUUAGUAAGAGCAAUGCUGAGACGGAUCCGGACGAGGAGAAGAUCAACCACCGCAUCCCACACAGAUUCCAGGCCUUCUCCAACAUGACGGCCAACUGGUGCUGCCACUGUGGUUACAUUCUGCCCUUUGGAAAGAAGAAUUGCCGAAAAUGCGCGGAAUGUGGCCUUACUGCCCACUCUGCUUGUGUCCACCUUGUCCCUGACUUCUGCGGCAUGUCGAUGGCGGUGGCUAACCAGAUUCUGGAGGGUAUCAAGUCGACCCGCAUGAUCAACAAGAACAAGACUUCGUCCUCUCUCAGCGACCGCACGCUUAGGAAGCAGCCCACAAGCCCGACAAGCACUCUGAGCUCCCCGCCCCAUAGUGCCACCCAGCCACCAUACGCUCAAGGCUCCCCUGAGGCUACGGAGGCUGCCAAGAUCAUGUACCAACAGCAGUCUCCUCCUGGCCAAAGACCCCACCCCGACCGCACGUCCUCCAGCUCUGCCGCGGCGGCAGCGGCGACGGCUGCAAUGAGCGGAUCGAUGGGCCAGCAGAAGCCUCAGUCGCAAGAUUAUGGACGCUAUGGACCAAGUGGUGGGUAUGGAUCACCCCACGACCAAGGGCCGGAAGAUCCCUACGGCCAACAGCGCAAGUACAACCCGGCGGACUACGCCAAUGUCAACACCUACUCCCAGCAGCCUCCUGUGCAGCAACAACCUCAACGCCCUAUUCAGCAGCAGCAGCAGCAACCGCCUCCUCAGCAGUACUCCCAACCGCCUCCUCAACAGCCGCAGCAGCAGCAGCAGAUGUACCAGCAGCCGCCUCAGCAGCCCCCUGUCUCUUCGCCUAAGUUGCAAGAGGCACCGCAGCUGUCGCCUGUCACGCCCGGCGGAGUACCGAGCGCCGGACGCAAGCCGUUGCCUUCCGCCACCGACCCGGGCACUGGCCAGCGUAUUGGCCUUGACCACUUCAACUUCCUUGCUGUGCUGGGUAAGGGUAACUUCGGAAAGGUCAUGCUUGCGGAGACGAAGCGAUCCAAGAGGCUGUAUGCCAUUAAGGUGCUGAAGAAGGAGUUCAUUAUUGAGAACGAUGAAGUGGAAAGCAUAAGGAGUGAGAAGCGAGUCUUCCUGAUUGCUAACCGCGAGAGACAUCCGUUCUUGACCAACCUUCACGCUUGUUUCCAGACCGAGACUCGUGUCUACUUCGUCAUGGAGUACAUUAGUGGUGGUGAUCUCAUGCUUCACAUUCAGCGCGGCCAAUUUGGCACCAAGCGAGCUCAGUUCUACGCUGCGGAAGUCUGCUUGGCACUCAAGUACUUCCACGAGAACGGUGUCAUUUACCGUGACUUGAAGCUCGACAACAUCCUGUUGACGUUGGACGGACACAUCAAGAUUGCCGACUACGGUCUUUGCAAGGAGGACAUGUGGUUCGGUUCCACUACUAGCACGUUCUGUGGUACCCCUGAAUUCAUGGCUCCCGAGAUUCUGCUUGACAAGAAGUACGGCCGCGCUGUGGAUUGGUGGGCAUUUGGUGUCCUGAUCUACCAGAUGCUUCUUCAGCAGUCACCAUUCCGUGGUGAGGAUGAGGACGAGAUUUAUGAUGCCAUUCUGGCUGAUGAGCCUCUGUACCCCAUUCACAUGCCUCGGGACUCCGUCUCCAUCCUGCAGAAGCUCCUCACUCGUGAGCCCGACCAGCGCCUGGGCAGCGGCCCUACGGACGCUCAGGAGAUCAUGAACCAGCCGUUCUUUAGGAACAUCAACUGGGAUGACAUCUACCACAAGCGUGUUGCGCCGCCUUUCAUGCCUCAGAUCAAGAGCGCCACAGAUACCAUCCUCUCGCAAGCCAUGCAAGAAGAAUUCCGUGGCUUCUCUUACACCGCCGAUUUUGACUGA